AUGGCCCCUGAUUGUCCCCCAGCCGACCCCGACCUCGGUCCCUUCCUGGAGUCGAAUGCCAGAGGACUUGGAUCUCAGCUAAAGGACAGUAUUCCAGUUACUGAGCUGUCAGCAAGUGGACCUUUUGAAAGUCAUGAUCUUCUUCGAAAAGGUUUCUCGUGUGUGAAAAAUGAACUUCUGCCCAGUCAUCCUCUUGAAUUAUCAGAGAAAAAUUACCAGCUCAACCAAGAUAAGAUGAACUUCUCCACACUGAGAAACAUCCAGGGUCUUUUUGCACCACUAAAACUGCAGAUGGAAUUCAAGGCAGUGCAGCAGGUUCAGCGUCUUCCAUUUCUUCCAAGCUCAAACCUUUCACUGGAUAUUUUGAGGGGUAACGAUGAGACUAUUGGAUUUGAAGAUAUUCUUAAUGACCCAUCACAAAGUGAACUAAUGGGAGAACCACAUUUGAUGGUUGAACAUAAACUUGGCUUGCUGUAA